AUGUCGCUGCCAGUUGUUCGGUACGUUGUCCCCAAGCAACCCACAGUUCUUGCAGGUCGCGAGUCGGUUGGUCUUCCGGGAUACGACUUAUGGCUUCACUUCGUGGACAAUGUUCAUGCAUUCGAUGGGAACAUUGUCGUGGAGCGUUUUCAUGACGCUCUGGCAAGCACUUUGCAAAUGUACCCUCAUGCAGCGGGGCAACUGUGUACAACCAGCGGCCGUUGGUUUAUCCAGCUGACGAAUUCCGGCCUACCCGUUGAGGCCGAGGAUCGCAGGGAAGAAUUAUUUACUUCUAUCAUUCGAGGAGACUGGGUCAUUCAAGAUGACCUUUCCCCCUUGCUCAGUCGGCCACAAGACGCCGCCGUCGUUAAUGGUAGUGCCUCCCUGGUUCGCUUUAAGGUCACAACUUUCAAGGAUAGGACAUGUCUUGGGGUAUCCUGGCAUCACACUCUUGGAGAUGCGGUGACGCUUUGUCGAUUCAUGCAAACCUUGUCCCGGUUCUACCAAGGGGUUGAGCCAGUCUUUACUCCAACUUUCGACAAACACGAGUACCGAACCCCCCAGCCGUCUGUGUCCUCGGACUUCCUUUCACUGAUGCCUCAUUUAUGGGUUUCUUACCCUUUCAAUGAACUCGAGGCCAAGUAUGCCGAGGCCUGCGAGGACUUGGGAAAUCUAAGAUGGAGAUUCCAUGAAUAUCAUCUCCAUGGACUCCACUCCAUGCUCAGUGCCAAUGAGGAGGGCUAUCUUUCGUUGCACGAUUGCCUCACAGCAUAUAUUGUCACUCUGUUGAAUCGUUCUAUGACUAGGCCCAUUCGUAUGGUCACGAAUGCCGCUAAUUCCCGGCGCGUCGAAGCUCACUACAUCGCAAGUAAUGUUGUAGGAAAUGUUAUCCAGAAUAUCCCGACCGGAACCCUGCCAUCUCAUAUGCGGGGUAUUGCCACUGCUGUGCGGGAAUCGAUUGUUCGGUGCCGUGACCGGAUGUUCCUUGAGGAGUGGAUGACUGUGGCCAGCGACCUCAUGCUAAUGACUGUCAAUGCUGGGAAAUCUUUCUUCUUUGCUUCGCGCCCUGACGUGGUGAUGGUCAAUUCUAAUGUCGCGAUUGACUGGUGUGAUGCUCACUUUGGGUUUCCUGAUUCUUCCAGUUUUUUCACAACUGGGAGCUCGAAAUUCUAUCUUCGACCCUUCAAAACGAACCCUACGCUAUAUGAUGGCACUUGGCGACCUCGAAAAGGGUCGGUAGACAUAUCUAUGGGCGUUCCGAGAGAAAUGAAGUCUAAGCUGUUAGACCGCCUAGCGUUUGAUUUUGAGACUAUCCUUUAUUCGCCACCAUCGGACACCGAACUGGAAAUAGAUGCCGGUGCCCAGGAGUUAUGA